AUGCCAACUGUAAUAGCAUUAGAUAUUUCUCUGUCAAUGAGACGUCCAGUAUUAAAUACAGGUUUAACUAAUGGAGCACAAAAUAAUGAGCAAUUAAAUAGACAUCAAUUGGCAAUUCAAGGUAUCAAUUCACUUCUACAUUAUUUACAAGCAAAUUCAAAACUUGAAUUUGUCUCAUUGAUUGGAUUUUCAUCUUCAUACAAAGUAUUGGUACCAUUUACCCGGGACUAUGAUGUCAUUAGACAAUGUCUUCCAACAAUUGAAGAACGUGAUAAAACAUGUAUUGAAGCAGCUCUUGUUGGUGUUAAUCAUGCAAUUAUGGCUGAAUGGGGUAAUACAACAGCUUGUCAAGUAAUUUUAAUAACUGAUGGUGAUACUGGUGUUGGUCCAAUGUCACUUGGACAUUCAUUAAAUACAAUGCACAUGGAACGUGAUGGUAAUCCAUUUCCUUUACCAUUUCCAUAUCCUGGUAAAUUAAAUAUUGUCUGCAUUGCAUCACAUCAAGAUUCUGGAUUAGCCUUGAGUGUUCCACUAUUUAAAAAAUUGGUAGAUUUAGCUGGUGGUGAUUCAACAGUUAUUAUACCUGAGGGUACAUUGUCAAAAGUAUCAGUUGAUAGUUGUUUUCAAAAAUUAGCUGAAACAAAUUAUGUAUCAUUUCAAGGAUAUCUUAAAUGUGGAAAUUUAGGAUCAAGAAUACUUUUAUCACCUCCACCAAUGUUAUUUACAAAAAAAAGUGAUUUUGAAAUACCAUCUGGUUUAAUUGUAUCAAAAACAAUUGAAAUAUGUGGUUUUAUAUCUGUUGCUGAUGUUGGAAGUCCAAGUUCAGUAUCACGACAUUUAAUAUUACCACUUUCAACUGAAAAAAAUGAAAGUAUGCAAGGUGUUACACUUGAUGAAGAUUCUGAUAAUGAGGAUAAUAGUGAUGAUGGUAAAUCACCAUCAUUUUGUGUGCUAUUACAUGGUGCAUUGAAAGUUGAAAAUAUGGCUGCAUUGUGUCUUUUAAAUACUGAUUGGUAUGGUUUCAUAUAUUCAUGGGCGGAUACUAAAAAAAAAUCAAAUCUUAUGUUGACACUUUUAGAGCCAGGUGUUGAUAUUGUACCUUGGCUUGGUAAUUUUCGUAAUUUAGGACCAAUUGAUUUUACAAUUAAUAAAAAUUAUGAGGCAUUAACAUUUCCAAUAAAACCAAUUGAAAAAAGAAGCUACUCACAAAAUGCACCAUCUUGGAUUCGACAAGUUGGACUUCAAUCAGAUAUUCAAAAAAUUUUAAGACACGCAAGAAAAUUACCAGAAAAAACUCAAAACUUUUAUAAAGAACUUAAUAGACUAAGACGAGCUGCAUUAUCAUUGGGUUUUGUUGAACUUCUUGAUGGAUUGGCACUAAUAUUUGAACGUGAAUGUGCAACGUUACCUCCAAAUUUACAUCCUGAUUGUGCAAUUCAAAUGCAACACGUUGCAGAUAUGUUAAAAAAACGUGAUGUUAAAAAUAAUAUUACAGCAUUAAAAACGAAAUUUCAUCAAAAUGAUUAG